AUGGCCGGGGACCCAGGUCCUGGGGACCCCGCGGCCCCCGGAGCCCAGCACUUCUUGUACGAGGUGCCACCCUGGGUCAUGUGCCGCUUCUACAAGGUGAUGGACGCCCUGGAGCCCGCCGACUGGUGCCAGUUCGCGGCCCUCAUCGUGCGCGACCAGACAGAGUUGCGGCUGUGUGAGCGCUCGGGGCAGCGCACGGCCAGCGUCCUGUGGCCCUGGAUCAACCGCAACGCCCGCGUGGCCGACCUCGUGAGCAUCCUCACGCACCUGCAGCUGCUCCGCGCGCGCGACAUCAUCACGGCCUGGCACCCUGCCCAGCCCCUCUCGCCCCCUAGUGUCCCCGCCCCGGAGCCCAGCGGGAGCGGCGCACCCUCCGAGGCUGGGGCCCAGCCCCACCGGCCCAGGAAGUGGCAGCCCUCGGCCUCCACCCUCCCCUCUCCAGGCUCCCAGACCCACCCUGGGCCCGAGCUCCCCCGCGCACACCCUGCCUCCUCCCUGCCGCCUCCCACCCCUUCCUCCACAGAGCUGCCUCCAGAAAGCCAGCUGGGUGUCCUGGAGGGGGCCCACCCUGCCCCGUUCUGCUGGCCCCUCCCCGAGGUUGCUCAGGGCACCCGCCACUUCUCCGAGGAGCUCAAGAUUGGCGAGGGUGGCUUUGGCUGUGUGUACCGGGCUGUGAUGAGGAACACUGUGUACGCUGUGAAGAGGCUGAAGGAGCACGCUGACCUGGAGUGGAAUACAGUGAGGCAGAGCUUCCUGACCGAAGUGGAGCAGCUGUCCCGGUUCCGUCAUCCAAACAUCGUGGACUUUGCUGGCUAUUGUGCUCAGAGUGGCUUCUAUUGCCUGGUCUACGGCUUCCUGCCCAACGGCUCUCUGGAGGACUGCCUGCACUUCCAGACCCAGGCCUGCACCCCCCUCUUGUGGUCGCAGCGGGUGGACAUCCUUGUGGGCACCGCCCGGGCAAUUCAGUUUUUGCACCAGAACAGCCCCAGCCUCAUCCAUGGGGACAUCAAGAGCUCCAAUGUCCUUCUGGAUGAGAGACUGGUGCCCAAGCUGGGAGACUUUGGCCUCGCCCGUUUUAGCCGCUUUACCAGUGCCAGUCCCGGGCAAAGCAGCACUGUAGCCCGAACUCAGACCGUGAGAGGCACUCUGGCCUACCUGCCAGAAGACUACGUAAAGACGGGCAAGCUGGCUGUGGAGACCGACACCUUCAGCUUCGGCGUGGUGGUGCUGGAGACUCUGACAGGCCAGCGGGCUGUGAGGACACAGGGAACAGGGACCAAAUAUCUGAAGGACCUGGUGGAGGAGGAGGCUGAGGAUGCUGGGGUACACCUGAAAGGUGGCCACACCACAGUGCAAGCAGGUCUGGCCUUGGAUGCCUGGGCCGCCCCAGUUGCUGCCCAGAUCUACAGGAAACACCUGGAUCCCAGGCCUGGACCCUGCCCUCCCGAGCUUGGCCUGCCUCUGGGCCAGUUGGCCUGCUGCUGUCUGCACCGCCGGGCCAAGAAGAGGCCCCCCAUGACCGAGGUGUACACGAGACUGGAGAAGCUGCAGGCACCAGCAGGGCCGGCCCUGACGCCUGGGGCCCUGGGCCAGGGCCCACCCUCUCCACAGGAGAACUCCUACGUGUCCACUGCUAGCACCGCCCCCAGCAGGGAGGUCUCCGAGCAGCCCCUGGCUGCACCCUCUGGAGGCCAGGCCCCCGCUGGAGACCAGCUGCAGAAAGGAGCCAAUCAGCCUGUGGAGAGCGACGAGAGUGUGUCUGCAGUCUCCGAUGCCCUGUGCUCCUGGCACUUGAGCCCAAGCCCGUCCCUGCCAGGCAUCUGUGGGCAAGGGGCUGCCAUCUGGGCCCCAGAGCCCCUCGGGCUGACCAGCUGUACUGAAACCAGAGGCACCACCAGAAAGUCAAGACCAGGGAGCAGCCUGGGAUCCUGGCCUGCAACUUUGGAAGGGUCACCGCGAGGCAGCACUGUGUCAUCUGAGCCACCCCAGAUUGUCAUCAACCCGGCUCGGCAGAAGAUGGUGCAGAAACUAGCCCUCUACAAAGAUGGGGUGCUUGACAGCCUGCAGCUGCUGUCCUCCAGCUCCCUCUCAGGCUUGGGCCUGGGUCCUGCUGGCAGGCUGAGGCCUGAAGAGAGUGAUGAAUUUCAGGGCUGA